CACGACCCGAGAAGGAUCUCUUCCCAGAGCCUUUGCCACAGACGACGACUUCAUCUGAAACUCAUCGUAAAAGGCAAAGCUUCUAGAAGUUGGAAACCCUGGAUGUCAAGGUAAAAUGUAACCCUGAUGCUUGUGAGUUUCACCUUGCAGAGUUGGGAGUUGGAGCGAGAUUUGGAGCAGGACCUUUGGAAAGAGGACAAGAGGUGGGUCACCAUGGCCAGUCAGGAAUGUAAAGCAGUUGCUCCCAUAAAGGCCUUGAGGAGCGUCACCAAAGCAUCUGAUGUCAGGGAGGACAGUGCUUUGCUCUUGCAGCCAUACAGUAACUGGGAACAGUUCCUGAUGCCUGGCCCACUCUCUGUCGCCAUUUUAGGGGAAAUUAUAUUCCUUUCCGCAGGAGAAGACUUCGCAAUUGACAAGAAUGCGCCCAAAGGAGGAUUUAAGCACAUGAAAUAUCCCAAAUCAUUCCGUGCCUCUUUAGUGCAAGUGAGCAACAAGGGCUGGGAGGCUUUUCAGGAAGCCCACAAGAACAUGGAUCAAAUCCGGCUUCUCGCUGUGACAGUCCCGACUGACAUGAGGGAUGUUGUGAAGUUCCUCAUGCAGAAGGAUCCAAAGAUCACUGAAGAUUUCCUCCCGAUCCCUCUGAACAGCAUCAAAUCUACUGCAGAUAAAUGCUUGAAGCUGUCCACAGCUGUGGAACAGAAGUUCAUUGGAGUCAUCCAUCUGAUCAAUGAACUUCUGGAGGCCUGUACAAGCUCGAAAGGAGUGUAUGAGGAACAAUUACAUGAAAUAAAAAUCAAAAAGGAACUCACUGAAAUGAAGGAGAAAGCAGCAAAAGAGACAAAAGCCAUGGUCGAAGAGCAUCACAAAGAACUAAAACACCAACUGGAUCGUGCACAGGAAGAUUACAAAACCAGCACGGAUUCUAUACCGGUUGGCUGGAACGCUGUGGGAAUGUCUAUGGCAGAAACAGUCGUCAAUGGUUUCAGUUCCUUCAUCAGUGGAGGAAUUAUCAAGUCACUGGUCGCUGAAAUAUGCCAGACUGCAAGAUCUUUCACUAAUCGCACUUCCAUCAGCAAUCCAAGCAAUGCUGAAGGAGCUGAGAACAAUAUCAUCUAUAAAGCAGAGGCUCUACAAUCCUUUAUACAAAUGCUUCAUCCCUUCCAGAUCAAGGGCAAGAACAUUGACUUGAAGAAACUGAACAGUGAAAAUGGAACAAAAACCUUAAGCUUGUGUGAACAGAACUUGGAGAUAUUGCUACAGGAAGCAGCAAAUGGAGCAGAUUGCAAGGAGAAGGAUGCUGCCCUGCAGAUCUGUGAAACAGGAAUUGGAAUAUGCAAGGAGCUGGAAACCAUGCGACAGUCUAAACAAGCCAAUAAAAAAGUAAUGGCUCUUCUUUCUGUGAAGAUCAAACAAGUGAUGAAGGAUUCAAUUAAAUUCACCUCCCGCUGCAAGGCAAAGGCAGGGACCAUGGGUGUAACUGCCACCCCACCACACAUGGCCAGAGCUGAGCCAGAACAAAAACUCAGUGGUCUAGAGACAGCCAGUCUCAAUGCCAAGAUCAAAGUGGAACAAACUUCAGCACAGCUUCGAGCUGCACAGGAGAUGUAUGAGAAAAGCUUUGAGAAUAUAAAGAAGAAUAAUGAAGAGCUCCAACAGAUCCUGGAAACUCUGAAGAGCUGUAAUAUUAAGGAAAUAGACUUUGAUAAAACUGUGCAGAUGCUCCUGAAGGGAUUGGAUGCAUUGGGCCGUGUGAAAGAACAAUGGGGGAAGGUGGUUCUCUUCUUCACCAUGAUGUCAAACCUGAUUGAAAGCUCCCUGAACCCAUCACUCCACAAAUUUGUACAGUACAGUGAAAAGAUUUCUGGCUAUUCACCGAGCCAGCUGACACAGGACCUGCUGUACGUGCAGAUCUCUCAAGCCACCAAUAUUGCAAGCCUUGUCCACAUGAUUGCUGAGACUUAUGUGCAGGUCUCCACCCAACAUCUGAUGGACCGAGUCAACAGCUUGGGGAAACUACUGGGCCUCGAACCAAAUCGGGACAGACUUAAAUUUGAAGAGGAGCACGAGAAGUUUGGAUCAGACUGUCAUGAAGCAUCAAAAGCCAUUGAAAAUCUUGUAAAGAGGAACAAGGAGCAGUAUGAAACACGUGUGCAGGCGAGAAUUGACAGAAUCAAUAACAGUGUGAAGGCCUUGCUGUCUCCUGCCAUGCCAGAAGAAAUGAAAGACAUUGAAGAUGCCGUGCAAGAAGGCACCCACGCGGCAAUUGUGGAAAUAUCAGAGGAAGACAUGAAUGAUUUUGUCUAAUGAUUCCCUCCCUCACACACCCCACCAUUCCAGCGUUUCCCAAAGAUCAUUGCAAUUUAUUGAUUCUGUCUUGAUCGGUGUUUAGUAAGGAGGGAUGACUCUUCUCUGGUAAAGGGGGCAGCAGGUUACAUGGAGAACAACAUCUUCCAACAGUUUAGGA